AUGCAGUUCCGGCCUCUCGUUCUCGCCGCGCUCCUCGCUCCCGCCUCGGCCCAGCUCCAUCAAUGGGCCCUGAGAGCCGGCCUCAAAUACUUUGGCUCGGCUACUGAUUCGCCCGGCCAGCGAGAGCGUGCCGGUCUGGAGCACGUCUACCCCCAGUACGAUGCCAUCCUUGCGAACCCGGACGAGUUUGGCCAAACGACCCCGACCAAUGGGCAAAAGUGGCUCUUCUCUGAACCCGAGCGGGGCGUCUUCAACUGGACCGAGGGCGAGAUCGUCUCCAGCCUCGCGCGCGAGCAGAACAAGAUCCUGCGCUGCCACGCCCUAGUCUGGCACAGCCAGCUGGCCCCCUGGGUCGAAGCCCAGGAAUGGACGGCCGAGGAGCUCACCGAGAUCAUCACCGCCCACGUCACCAACGUGGCGUCCCACUGGAAGGGGAGGUGCUACGCGUGGGACGUCGUCAACGAGGCCCUCGAAGAGGAUGGCAGCUGGCGCCAGUCCAUCUUCUACCGCGUCCUGGGCGAGGACUACAUCAAGCUUGCGUUCCGGCUCGCCGCCGAGGCGGACCCCGAGGCGAAGCUGUAUUACAACGACUAUAACAUUGAGAAGCCCGGAGCAAAGGUGGACGGUGUGCUGCGGCUCGUGACGAUGCUGCAGGAUGAGGGGAUCAAGAUUGACGGGGUGGGCAUGCAGGCUCACUUCACGGCCGGGGAGGCGCCCAGUCUCGACCAGCAGAUUGAUGUCAUUCAAUCUUACGAGGCGCUGGGUGUUGAGGUUGCUUUGACGGAGCUGGACGUGAGACUGGACAAGCUUCCUCCCACAGAGGAGCUGCUGGCGCUGCAGAAGGAGGACUACAAGAAUUCUGUCGGCGCAUGUGCUCAGGUCCCUGCUUGCAUCGGCAUCACGCUCUGGGACUUCUACGACCCAUUUAGCUGGGUACCGUACACCUUCGAGGGCGAGGGCGCAGCGCUCCUCUGGUUCGAAGAUUUCUCCCACCAUCCCGCUUAUGCCAGCGUCGUUGCUGCGCUCAAGAACGCCACCGGGCUAUGCAACAGGUAA